AUGGACGGAUACCUCGGAACACCACAAGACACGCGGGCGCACCAGGCCGCGGCCAAAAUGGCGCCGGACGCCAGCAGCACAGACAGCCCAGCAAUAGGCCCAGCCAGAGAGGAGUCACUGACCCAAAUUGCAGCAGACUUGGCCACAAUAUCGGCAAACAUGAUGUCCAGGACGGAUAAAACAGAACUGCUGGCCGAAAUAAGAGCGGUUAUCAGAGAAGAGGUCAUGGAGGUGAGGAGAGACCUGACAGCACUGGAACGCAGGGUGGAGGAAUUAGAAGCAGAACGCGCCAAAAUCAUACAACACCGCCAAGCCACUGACACAGCCACUACUAGACAAGGCAAUGUCUUGUUGGAGCUAAGGAGGAAUUUGGAAGAUUUGGACAACCGCGGACGGAGGAACAACAUCCGC